AAGGGAGCGCGCGCGGGGCAAGAUGGCGGCCGCGCCCCCGCCGUGAGGGGACGGCGCGCUCCUGCUUCGCGCAGCCGCCUCAGGCCGCCCUGGCUCCCUCCUGUACCCUCCUGCGCAGCCAACUGACACGGCCUCCGGCUAUACCGCCCUUCCUGAGGCUCGGGGGAUCGCUGUCGUGUGGCCUUGUUGUUGCAAAAUGCGGAGUAUGUAGAAAUUUUAUUGAGAAACUAUGUGCUUUGAUGUUUGGCGUUUUUCUGCUUUCAAGCCUAAUCAACAAGAAGGGAGAUGUAUAACCCGUGGAACAGCAGCCAACAAGCUCUGAGUGAUGUCCCUGUGUUAGAAAAACAAGUUGUUGAUAGAACUGCCUUUGUUAAGAUUUAGGGCUGGACACGCUUUGAUGAUCUCAGAUCUAGGGGGAGAUUAACAAAAAAAAAGUAUGCCCACUGAUAAAGGAUGCAAAGAAUGCAGAAUUUAUGGGCCAUCUGGCAAGGACUCCCAAGAUAAGGAAGAAACUAAUAAAUCCAACUCAGCAACUGUGCUGGAAUGAUCUCCAACUGGGUAACAUGUAAUUUUACAUUUUACAUCUGCAGGGGCAGGUCAUGACCACCAACCCACAGACCACUGACCCAAAAGGAGAGAAAGACUGAGAACGGGACUAAUUAGCAUGAGAAACAACAGAAUAAUUAACCAAGAGAGGCUAGAAUACUAAUUCAGAACUAUGUAACUUGUAGCCAAGGAACACGAAUUCCUUUGUUUGCUAACUUGUAAAUAGUAAUAAAUUUUGAUAGUUGGUGUGCUCGAUUUGUGGGAUCCCACAGGGCUCCCAACUGUGCAACUCUGAAAUAAAUGACCAGUGUCUCUCUGGAGUGUGUAACUAUUGUUGCACACGGAGUAAUUAAUCCAAUUUUUGUGGAGAACACCAUUACCCAUGUGGAGCCCCGGGAGUUUUCUUCGCACUGUUUGCACAGGACCAACCCUUUCCAUUAAAGCCAUUUGUGUGAUGAAAACAAUGUAGUUGGUGGGUGGAGAGAUUAUUUCUUACCACAGUCAUGUGUGACUCACAUAAAGGUGGAUAAGAGGCAGAUCUGUGACCCAACAGUCACAGGGUUCGAUGAAGAGUUCAAUGAACGGUGUCUGCAUUUUCAUGUGAGGGAUUUUCAGCAGACUCCUGCAGGGACAGAAAGACUUGGAGCUGAUGCAGCCCUGGUGUCUGCCACCAGUGUAUUUUCAUAUUUAUUUUUAAUAUUCAUGAAUGAAAACUGGUGGGAGGACAUUGCUGUUCAUAUCUUGGCAAUCUCACACUAAGAAUUGCCUGAUUUUUGCAGGUUUUGAAUGACAGAUGAUUCAAGUUUGAAUGGCAGAUGAAGUUCAGUCACACAGGAGAUGUGCAGCCAUGUACACUUCAAAAAAAAAGGAAUUUCUGUGGUUGUAUGUUCAGUGGUCUGUGUGCAGGACUCGGCAGAGAAGGGAUUGGGUCUCUGACCAUGUUCUUUGAAUUUAAUAUUUACAGUUAACAUUUUUCUGUAUGCAUGCAGCAGGUUGAGUUGUUACCUUGUGCGAUAUAAACACAGAUCUGCUUAGACAAAUCAUUAGAAGAACACAAAAAACAAAUGAAGAAAGCACAUUAGAGACUGGAGUUGUGGUGGGAGUGCUUGGCACAAAGAAAAAAGGAAAAAAAAAAUUCGUUUGUGGACAUUCUGAAAACAGUGGAUUUACCAAAGAGUGGACUUUGGUGGUGGAUAGAAAUCCAUGCUGCCAGGAUUACCCUUUCAGAGCUUGUCAGAUUGGGAAUCAAAGCUUUGAACAAGAUCCAAAUUAGAUUAUUAAUAUUCCAAUAGAGUCCUUCACAGAAAGAUUCACUUGUUUUUGUGGAAUAGUGGAUCCAGAGCUAUCAUCCCAACCUGCUACACCAUCUAGGAAUGCUAAUUCCUUCGGGCCCUGGGACACGGAUCUCAGUCUUGUCAAAAUCCUUCAGGUUUGACUGCGUAUUUCACCUCAAUCUGGGAUGCCCUGUGGCAGAAGGAUACUGCCAGAAGGAUGGGAAAGAUUGGCACCGUUGCUGGAAACAUGAAAUCAACUGCAGUUGUGAAGAAAGCCAGGUACAGCAUUUGAUCAUUGAAGACCUGCAGCAUUCUGUGAAUUGCCUGCUGGAAAACCACAUCAUGUGUUUGGUUUCAAGGUGUAUUUGCAGCAGUUACCCAGCAACUUCCAGAGAGAAGGGUGUUUUAGAUCCGUGCGUCUGAUGAAGAAUGACACCAUGAACUUCCAGAAAUUCCCCUACACCAGCGAAGAUGAAGCCUGGAAAACCUACCUGGAGAACCCCCUGACUGCAGCCACCAAGGCCAUGAUGAGGGUGAACGGGGACGACGACAGCGUGGCUGCCCUCAGCCUCCUCUACGACUACUACAUGGUCCCGAAGGAGAAGAGGAUUCUCCCAGCUGGGAUGAUGGCACGCAAUGAACUGGGAAAGAGCAGGCACUGCCACGGGAUGGAUUAUGAGCCCGAGAUCCCCUCCUUCGAUGGCUCAGCCCAUCUCAUGAAGCUCCUGUCAGAAAACGUCUCCAUGGCCCAGGAGUUCUGUGAGCCUCCCAAGAAGAACGGCCUCAGUCUCGAAGGUGUCCCUGCUCCUCACAAGCCAGCCCUGCUCCCUCCAGGCACCAGCAAGCUGGAAGCCACCCCAGACAACUUCCUGGUGCCCCCGGGGGACGUGUACGACAGCAGCUCCUUGAACUCCCUGUUUGAGAGCCUGCCCAUGGCCCCGGCGCAGCAGCGCUGGCAGCCGGACAGCACCUUCAAGGAGGACCCGCAGGAGACGCUGCUCUUCAGUGACAUCCUCAAACCCCAGCCAGAGCCACCCUGCCCCGAGAGCUACCCCACGGAGGGAGUGAAGAGUGACUUUGAAUACACUCUGGGGUCACCCAAAGCCAUUCACAUCAAAUCUGGGGACUCUCCCAUGGCCUACCUCAACAAAGGACAGUUCUACCCCAUCACGCUGAGGACAGCUGGAGACAGCAAAUGUUUGCACUUGUCCUCAAACAAAGUGAAGAGCGUGGUGAUGAUUGUGUUUGACAACGAGAAGAUCCCCACGGAGCAGCUGAAGUUCUGGAAGCACUGGCACUCCCGGCAGCCCACGGCCAAGCAGAGGGUCAUCGACGUGGCCGACUGCAAGGAGAACUUCAACACGGUGCAGAACAUCGAGGAGCUGGCCUACAACGCCCUGUCCUUCGUGUGGAACAUCCAUGAGGAAGCCAAGGUGUUUAUUGGGGUGAACUGCCUGAGCACGGACUUCUCCUCGCAGAAGGGAGUGAAGGGUGUCCCCCUGAACCUGCAAAUCGACACCUACGACUGCGGCAGUGGCAGCAGCCAGCUGGUGCACCGGGCUGUGUGCCAGAUCAAGAUCUUCUGUGACAAGGGAGCAGAGAGGAAAAUGAGGGAUGAUGAAAGGAAACAGUUCCGAAGGAAAGGAAAAUGCCUGGACUCCAACAACAAUGGUCUGAAAGGCUGUUUGCUCUCUGGCUUCAGAGGGAAUGAGAUCACGUUCCUGCGGCCGGAGAGCGACCUGGAGACGCAGCCGGUGCUGUUCAUCCCCAACGUGCACUUCUCCAACCCGCAGAGGUGUGGCUCGGUGCUCCCUCCUGCUGUUCCCAACUCUGCAAACAGGCUGCCCCUAAAGCGGAGCGGGGCCUCCUUCACCGACGAGUUCGACCCCAUCCCUCCAAAGCAAACCAAGGACGAAGAUCCCCAGAGAGUGCUGCUGUACGUGCGCAGGGAGUCGGAGGAGGUGUUUGAUGCUCUCAUGUUGAAGACCCCGGAUCUCCAGGGCCUCAGGACAGCUAUUUCAGAAAAAUAUGGGCUUCCUGAAGAAAGCAUUUAUAAAGUCUACAAGAAGUGCAAAAGAGGGAUCCUGGUGAACAUGGACAACAACAUCAUCCAGCACUACAGCAACCACAUGGCCUUUCUCCUGGACAUGGUAGAGACAGAGAACAAGUUCCAGAUCAUCCUCAAGGAGCUCUAAAGAGCUGCAGGCAGCACUUCCUGGGACUUCUCUCCAAGCUGGAGACCUGUGUGACCCCACAGAACUCAGCCCGGUGCCCCCUCUUGUUGCCUUGACUUGAACCCCCCAUGGCCCUGGGGCUGGGCCACAGACUGCUGUGACAUCAUCCUGUGAACGUUGAGUUUAUUAUUAUUAUUAUUAUUAUUUUUUAUUUUAUUCCCUUCUGGUGCUGGGCCUGAGCUGCCGUUCCAGAGCUGGGCACACCAAGUGACACUGCCAGGCCUGGGCAGAGAGCAGAGCUGGUGGCCCUGGCAGUGCCUGAUGCCAGCCCACAGACCCUCCAGAGCAUUCCCAGCAGGGCUGAGCCCAGCUCUGAGCUCCUCUCUGGCACAGAGACUCUCCCAGAUGCAGUCACAGCUCCUGUUGAAUGGACACUGCCUGUUGAACACCCUCCCCUGCCACAUCUCUGACUGUAAAUACCACGGAGGCCUCCACAACCCUUGUUUAUACAUUUCUGUAUUGUUCCUUUUGUAUUUUAUAUGUUAUAAAUAUGCAUUGUUUUAUACUGGACUCAGUAUGGUGACACAGAGCAUUUCAAACACAGGCUGCUUCACAUUUCUCCGUGAACUCCUUUUGUAACUGUGUUGUUGGUUGUGUUGUUUUGGAUAUUCCGUAGUAAUAAAGGCUCAAGGACUGAAAAUGAA